UGGUUGGAGCUGUGAUUAAAGAAAUAAAGGAAACAGAAGAAGAAGACGAAGAAGAAAAAGAAGGAAAAGAAGAAAGCAGGAAAAUAGCAGACAAAAGGUUAUCGUGCAGUAAGGAGGUAGAACACCUUUUUGUUCCUGUCUUCGUGGACAUCUUUCUGUGCAUGUCCCACCCGGAGGGAGCGGAGGGUCGCACCGACCACACCUGAGCCCCGCCGGCCGCUCGGCAGCAGCUCCCCGCCGGCAUGACCCUCACCCGGAGCUCCGUGCUCCUCCUCCUGCAGCUCCUGCUGCUCUGCGGCCGCAUGCAGGUCUCUCGGGCCUCGGGCCACUUUGAGCUCCAGAUCCUGUCGAUGCAGAACCUGAACGGGCGUCUUCAGACCGGCGCCUGCUGCGACGCCACCGAUGACGACGACGACUCCCCCAGGGACGCCGCGGAUCGGCGGUGCCCGGCGGCGGACGAAUGCGACACCUACUUCCGGGCGUGCCUGAAGGAGUACCAGCUCAAGGUGUCCUCGGCCGGGCCCUGCAGCUUCGGCGCCGCCUCCACGCCGGUGCUCGGCGGGAACACCUUUUCUCUGGGCGGCGCCAAGAUCGACAGCGCCAGGAUCGCGCUGCCGUUCAGCUUCGCGUGGCCGAGGUCGUACACGUUGAUCGUGGAAGCCUUGGACUUCAACAACGACUCGUCCUCCGGCAGCGUCAGCGGGGCGCCGAUCGAGAAGGCCGUCCACUCGGGGAUGAUCAACCCCAGCCGCCAGUGGCAGAACCUGAAGCACAACGGCCCCGUGGCCCAGUUCCACUUCCAGGUGCGCCUCAGCUGCGACGAGCACUACUACGGCUUCGGCUGCAACAAGUUCUGCCGCCCGCGGGACGACUUCUUCGGCCACUACGACUGCGACCACAACGGCAACAAGACGUGCCUGGAGGGCUGGGCCGGGCCGGACUGCAACACCGCGAUCUGCAGGCAGGGCUGCAGCACCGAGCACGGAUCCUGUAAAGGCCCCGGAGAGUGCAAGUGUAUGUACGGCUGGCAGGGCGAGUACUGUGACCAGUGCAUCCCUCACCCCGGCUGUGUCCACGGCAGCUGUGUGGAGCCCUGGCAGUGUCUGUGUGACACCAACUACGGAGGACAGCUGUGUGACAAAGAUCUGAACACGUGUGCGACGCUGCAGCCGUGUCUGAACCGAGGAACCUGCAGCAACACGGGACCGGACAAGUACCACUGCUCCUGCCCCGACGGCUUCACGGGGAUCCACUGCCAGCGAGCGGACCACGCCUGUCUGUCCAGCCCGUGUCCGGGCGGAGGCAGCUGUGUGGAGACCAGUCAGGGUUUCGAGUGCCGCUGCGCCCCCGGGUGGACCGGGCCCUCCUGCUCCCACGAUGUGGACGAGUGCCGGGGGAACCCCUGCAGACACGGAGGGGUCUGCCGGGACCUGGUCAACGGCUUCAGGUGCACCUGUCCGCCUCAGUGGACCGGAAAGACCUGCCUCAUCGACGCCAACGAGUGUGACGCCAGCCCGUGCGCCAACGCCAACUCCUGCCGGAAUCUGAUUGGAGGAUACUUCUGCGAGUGCGCGGCGGGCUGGACGAGCCCGAACUGCGACACCGAUAUCAACGACUGUCGAGGUCAGUGUCAAAACGGAGCGACGUGCAAGGACCUGGUGAACGGCUACCGAUGCGCGUGCGCUCCGGGUUUCGCCGGCGAACACUGCGAGGAAGACGUGGACGAGUGCGCCGGCGGGCCGUGCCGCAACGGCGGCCGUUGCCAAGACGCCGUCAACGGCUUCCGCUGCCUGUGUCCACCCGGGUUUUCUGGGAGUCGCUGUCAGCUGGACGUCGACCACUGCCUCCUCGGCCCGUGUCAGAACGGCGGCCAGUGCUUCAACCUGGGGGCGGAGUACGUCUGCAGGUGUCCCGACGACUUCGAGGGCAGGAACUGCUCGCGGCUCCGGGACCACUGCCGCACCACGCCCUGCAAAGUGAUUGACAGCUGCACGGUGGCGGUGGCGUCCAACAGCACGCCGGGCGGGGUGCGUUUGAUUUCGUCCAGCGUGUGCGGCCCACACGGGCGGUGCCGGAGUCACGCCGGAGGACAGUUCAGCUGCGAGUGCGAGGACGGGUUCACCGGCACGUACUGCCACGAGAACAUCAACGACUGUGAGAGCGCCCCCUGUCUGCAGGGAGGAACCUGCAUCGACCAGGUCAGCCGGUACCGCUGCAUCUGCUCCGCGGGCUGGGACGGACCCACCUGCCAGAGCAACAUCGACGACUGUAGCUCCGCCCCCUGCCGUAACCGCGGCGCCUGUCGAGAUCUGAUCAACGAUUUCUCCUGCGAGUGCAACGACGGCUGGAAGGGGAAGACGUGCCACUCGAGAGAGAGCCAGUGCGACGAGGCGACGUGUAACAACGGAGGAACCUGCCUCGACGAGGGCGACGCCUUCACGUGUCUGUGCGCCGCCGGCUGGGACGGCGCCGCCUGCAGCGUCGCGCAGAGCAGCGGCUGCCGGCCGAGUCCCUGUGAGAACGGAGGAACCUGCGUGGUCGACGGAGGCUCCGUCAGCUGCCUCUGCAGGGACGGCUGGGAGGGCGACACCUGCAGCCACAAUGCCAACGACUGUCUUCCUCAUCCAUGCUACAACAGCGGCUCCUGUGUGGACGGAGUCAACUGGUAUCGCUGCGAGUGCGCUCCGGGGUUCGCCGGCCCGGACUGCAGGAUCAACAUCGAUGAGUGCCAGUCGUCGCCCUGCUCCUUCGGCUCCACCUGCCACGACCAGAUCAACGCUUACCGCUGCGCCUGUGCAGCGGGGCGGGCCGGCCCCCGCUGCACAGAAGCGGCGGGGCGGCCCUGUGUGGUCGGGGGUCUCGUGGCUCUGGACGGAAGCCGGUGGGACGACGGCUGCAACACGUGCCGCUGUCACAACGGGAGGAUCGUCUGCACCGCGGCGCAGUGCAUGAACCCCGCCCAACAGGCCCCGCCCACAUCCAGGUGUCACCCUGAGAGCAGUUGCGCCAACAUCACCUUCACCUUCAACAAGGACGUCAUGGCGAUGGGCGUGACGCUGCAGCAGGUGUGCCGUGAGCUCCGGGAUCUCUACGCCGGCAGCGACCUGUCCGACUCCUCCGUGACCUGCGAGCCGUCGCUCAGCGCCAGCAAGGAGAUCCACGUCGCCAUCUGGACGGACGACCGGCGGAGAGGCCCGACCUUCGCGAAGGAGGUCACGGACCGGAUCCUGGACCUGGUCGGCCGGCGGAGCGCCAACAGCACCGUCAUCGGCGCCAUCACCGAGGUCCGGAUCCAGAGGAGGCCGAGCCGCGGCCCCGGCGCCGACCACCUCGUGCCCCUCCUGGUGUCCGCGGUGCUCGUCUGGUUGUUGGCGAUCACCUUGAUGCUGCUGUGGUUCGUGAGGAGGAGGAGGAGAAAGAGGAGCGCCAAUGCCGGGGUCAGCACGGCGGCGGCGGAUUCGGCGUCUUUAGCGCCGGUUGCCGAGGACAACAACGCCCUCCACAACAGCGUCGGCACCGCCCGCGAGCAGCUCAACCACAUCAAGAACCCCAUCGUGAAAAACACACAGAACCACCAACACCACCAAAACCACCUCCUGCACCACCACGACAAGAACGCCGUCAACGCCAAGAUCAGGAAGUCGGACGGCGGGAGCCAAUCGGAGGACGAGGAGAUGGACAAGCGGCUGCAGAAGGCGAGGUUCCCCCGGGCGCCGCCGGCGUACUCGCCGGUGGACUGGGAGGACCGGCCCGCCCCCCCACACCGGACUAGCAAACGGGACAACCGGCAGCUGCAGUCGCAGAGCGUCAACAGGGUGGAGAACAUCGUAUAACCACCGGGGGGCGCAGAGCGAGAACAGGGUGGAGUACAUCGUAUAACCACCGGGGGGCGCGGAGCGAGAACAGGGUGGAGUACAUCGUAUAACCACCGGGGGGCGCGGAGCGAGAACAGGGUGGAGUACAUCGUAUAACCACUGGGGGCGCGGAGCGAGAACAGGGUGGAGUACAUCGUAUUACCACCGGGGGCGCGGAGCGAGAACUCUGCUGUUGGGUGUCUUUUCUUCUUCUCAUUCCACGUUGGAUUUUUUUUGCCGUUUUUUUUAUUUAUGACUGGUCCGAACGGUCCACUGCGAUUGGCUGGUUCUCCGAUUUCGUGGAUAUCUUUCGGGAAGGACGGAAUGAGCACGAGCAAUAAAGACUUGACAUGCACGAAAAAGUGUUUUUUGUUUUCCAGAAUGAGUUUCGGAUCAUUUGGGGGAAAAAAUAUAAUUUUUGUUUUGUUUUUCCGUGGUUGGGGGGCGGGGCUUGAGUCAAUAUGAAGAAUUGUCCACGUAGAAUGUUUCUGUAUAGAUCUGUAAAUAUGUUUUAAUUAAUCAUCGUGUGUAUAUUUCAUUUAUUAACUUAAUCGUCAAGAGCCUGAAGAUAUUUACCUUUUUGUUUUUAAUUUAUGAGCUUUGUUCAGUCAAAGGUUUGUAAACUUUUUGAGGGAUUUAUUUUUAACGCCAAAUGUGCUCUUGGAGAAUAGUUUUAUUUUGAAUUUGUUUGCCUUUUUUUGGAUUUGGGCAUUUUUGUGCCUCCAACUAAAUGUUUUGUAC